GUAGCCAUUCUCCGUGGCAUAUAGUUGUAGGUGUAUUAUGAUAAUAUUAUCAAAUCGAUGGAUCUGAAUCCACAAAUGACCCAGGUUCAUAUCUGAUUCUUUAAAAAAUAAUAAUAAUAAAACAAACAAAACAUACGUUAUAAAUUAUUACGAUUCCAAGGUUCGAUUUCCCCUCCAACACUACCAUCAAAGUGGUUAGACACAGUGCGCUGCAGUUACUACUAAUAGUAAUAGUAAUAAUAAUGUUAUUUUAGAGUUAAUUUAGCCACGAUGACGGACACAUUUCCAUUGGUGUUGCUCAUUUUAUUUAAAGUCAUUUCUGCAGGUAGCCAAACGGCUCCUUGGGUGCUCAACAGAGCUGAUCCUGGCAGUAGUAGCGUGUCGUUCUUCAACAACACCGUCACGGACUCGUACAUGAUGGUGAGAUGGACCUGGAGGGACUCGGCUAGCGGCUUCUGGGACACCAGGCUGAGAGUGACGCUCAACAAAGAAGAUAUAACCGGCGGUGGAUUCUCGUACUCCGACCAGUAUGAAAACGAAUUGGCGUCGGUCAGGUGGUUUAGAACUAAAAUGGAUGGACCGAUCAAAUGGAAGUACACCGCAUUUUCUUCGCCUCCCGACAGCUGGUGGAUGACUUCGGUGGUGCCGAAUGGCAAUAUAACUUGGGGAUUCAAAAAUCAGAUCAUUGACGGCUCGUGGGUGUUUAGAGUCGGUAACGACACGCUUGAACCGAAAAACCAUCAAAAUGUUGAUGGCUGGUCGCAAGAGACAGGAAAUAGAUGGAAGCGAUCUUUGAAGUCACACGAGAAUGGCGUAGAUAACCCACAAACAAAACAAGAACAUUUUAACAAAAUAAAACGAAGUCCCUCUGAAGACGACUACGAUGAUGAUGAGGAAGAAGAUAUAUUUCAAAAAAUUAUUGGAUGUUUCAUGGAGAUUUUCAAAACGAUAGAAGGAAUUUUUCAGAAUUCAGGGUGACAUAUUAUGUCAUAUUAUACCAUUUACUAGCAAUGAGCCAAUAUAAUUAUUAACUAUAUAUUACUCGCCCAGAGUAUAAUGAAUGGGACUUCAUCACUAUAAUAUAUUAUAUUUUGUAUUUGUCACCAAUUAUUG